AUGGCUCAGAUCUUGGUUUUCCGAACAAUGGCUGUUAGAUCUGAAAGUUCAGAACCAUACCCACCAAAACUGCGGGUUCGAAGCUUUCUUCAGUCGGAAAAGAUGGUGAUUAGAACAGCAGAUCCGCCUGUAUCAAGUGGUGGUCCAGAGGCUUCAUCAUCCUCAUCAGAGGAGGAGAGAGCGUCAAGUAUAGCUGAAGCACCAGAGAACAGAAGGAUGGGAAAGCAUCACUCCUCUGAUAAGUCAGUGGCUGGUGGGGGUGUGAUCAUUGGCUGA